CAUUGAUUGUUCUUAACUUAAUCAUACAAGCAAUGUUGAUUAAACUCGGCAAGGAAUUGAUACAGUACGAAACUUAAGUAAACACGUAAAUUGUUUUUCUUUAAAUGCAAUCCAUGAGUUGAUUAGUGAACGGCAUUGGUAUAUUUCAGUCCUAUGCCAAUUUACACUAUGACGGCGCCUAUGUGUACAUGACCAAUCACCCCAAACAUAUGGAUCACCCUGUCUAUGUGAACAAUGCUAUCGGCCUCGAGGCAAAAUCUACCAAUUAUGAGACCAGAUUCAACGGAGACGUCUGCUACAACUUAACAAAUUAUGUCUUUGAAGAUAAAGGAAGUUUGGGCAACCAUCGGUGGGUCGAGGUGACAUUUGGGGAAGACUGCGUCGCAGGUUUGAUUAUCGAGGAGCACAAAAUGACGGAGGAGGAACCUUUCAGUGCAUGUUAUACAUUCCAGUACAAACGGUACAUGUACUUUGGUGAUCACGAGAGACCGCCCACGUGUACCCCCGCCAUGUACGAAUAUCACGUGAUCUUUACCCUUUCAAAGGAUCCCGAUGAGAAUGUCAAGCAGAUGGUAAAAAAAUAUGUUAAGGAGAAUAACAUUAGAAGACUAUACAGAAUGGACCACUCUGGUACAUGUUUUCAUGAUUGUAUUACUUUUCAAAUUUAUUGACUUUUUUAAAUAUUUGAGAUUUGAUAUCUUGGAAAACGACUUAUUUUCAGUCAUGAAUAUAUUCUAAAAACACAUCUGUAUGAAAAAGUAUCAGAAAGUUUCGUGACCGAGAACUGUCUGAUAUUAUUCAUCAAGAAGUGUUUAAGACAUAAAUUGUUCUUAAAAUAAUGUCAUUAGAUUCCUUUGUUGAUUUACCUGAAAAUAUUUUUAGUGAAACCACUGGUAACGGUCUAUUAUUAAGAAACUCACAAAUAUCAGACUGCCACAGAAGUGUUUAGACUGCUGGAAUAAAGAAAUGAUAUCACAACACUGUUAUAUUAUGUCAAGAAAGACUAUUGAAUUCUUCACAUCUGAUUUUUGAAUUAUUAGAUUGCAGAAAUAGACAAAAAUUCUAAUUUAAAAUCUUUUUCGGUUAUAUAUAUCUUGUCGUCCAGCGUUUACCUACCUUUCUCUCUAUCUUACGUUUGUCGGUCAUUCUGUAAUGUUUGCAUGUUUCCUUACUUCGAACAAAUCAUCCAUAACGAAAGAGGUUAUGAAAUUGUUCAAAUGAAUUAUCAUUUUUAUAGAUAAGAAAUAAGUUUAAUAUACGGUGGAAACUGGGUGCGCAAAAAUGCUAAGGCUCAAUAUGAAAAAGUCAACGGAUUUAAAUGUUCAUUAAACGAUUCAUCUAUUAUAACAAAAUAUUUAUGUAAAGUUAAUUAACAUGACAUAAAUUGGUAUUAAAUGAAACACCAUAGUAAAUGCUCCUUUGUAUCACACUUAGUGUGGUCCCCAGAAUUGACAGUCACGUGAUCUGUGUCGAUAAUUCUCCAUGAAGUAGGUAAUAAACAAAUUUCAAUGCAAGGGCAUACCCUUCUUUGAGUUGAAAAUUGACAUAAUGAUCAACUUUCACUUAUCUCGUAGAUUCUGCUUCUGAUAGAGUUUAUCUUUUAUUAAAAUAAAAAUCAAAGAAAUGGGUUCUGGCUGAAUUUUUAUGACCUUGGCUAAAUAUUUUACCAAAUUAUUAAUUCAUUAUAUAUCAUUUAUCAAAGCAGCAGCAUUUUAUUUACUCAAAUGACCAUUCCUUGAUUUAUACAUAAAAGGUCGUAAUGAUCUGUUAAAGGUAUACCUUUGUAAAAAGCUGAUUUAUAUAAGCUUACGAAUGUCAAACACAUCAAACUUGUACAUGAAACACUAUAGAAAAAAGUAAAUCACGCUCUAAAAAGUAACUACUUGCUGAUUCAAAAGAAGCAUAAUGAAUAGGAUUUAAUGGUACAAUAUUUGUUUUGAGAUAAUGUUCCGUUCAUUUAUGAAAUUCAUUUACAAUAUAAAAAAUGAUUGACCCGCCUCUCUCUACACAUAAUAUGCGUAAAAAUUUAUAAUAUGAAGUCACAUCGAGAAGUGCAUCGCGUUCAGUUUUUAUAUUUAAAGUUUAUGACCUGAAAGUUGCACGCAAGGGUAAUUUUUAAUGUAGUUUAAUGCGUUUCUACCCGUAACCAUCGGAAGUUAUUUUAUUUCGGGGCAUUUUGAUGACUCGAUGUUUUGUGUAUCGUCAUAGUUUACAUUUCUCGUACUUUCUUGUCGGCGCGACCACAACGUUAACCUUAACAGUGCUAAGUGGGUUUUUCUUCUCCUUAAUCAGA